CAGCUGUUAAUUGCACUGUGAGUCCAAGCAGCUGCACAACUUAAUACCUUAACCGACUGUACGUAACUGGCUUUUGACGUUGUUUUUAUUUUUUACUUUUUCUUUCUUGGAUAUAAAUGACCAAUUGCCAAAUGGUUUCCUCCGAUUUCACAGCCGACGAGAAGAUGGAGAUCGAGAACAUCAAGACGUAUAAGGAGGACAUCCUGGAUGAUAUCCAGAAGCUAAAGAUGGAGAUAGACACCGUCAUGGCGGAAAUACUCAGCUUCGAGUCUGCAGAAGAAAACAAGACCAUAGAGAAGAGCAAACAGUUCUCAAAUGGGAAGAAGAAAUUCAACAUGGACCCCAAAAAGGGCAUCAGUUUCUUGGUGGAGAACAAGCUCCUGGACGGAGGAGCUCAGUCCAUCGCAGAGUUCCUCUACAAGGAGGAAGGACUGAAUAAGACAGCCAUUGGAGAAUUCCUUGGAGAAAGAGAGGAGCUCCACCUCCAGACCCUGAAGGCUUUUGUGGAGCUGCACGAGUUCUCCGAUCUCAACCUGGUGCAGGCCCUCAGACAGUUUCUGUGGAGUUUCCGUCUGCCUGGUGAGGCUCAGAAGAUCGACCGUAUGAUGGAGGCCUUCGCCACGCGCUACUGUGACUGCAACGCUCACGUCUUCCAGUCAACUGACACGUGCUACAUCCUGUCUUUUGCCAUCAUCAUGUUGAACACCAGCCUCCACAACCCCAACGUGAAGGACAAGACCACCCUGGAGCGUUUCAUCUCCAUGAACAGAGGCAUCAACAACGGAGAGGACCUACCUAACGAUCUGCUCUCGAAACUUUAUGAAAGCAUACGCAACGAGCCUUUCAAAAUCCCAGAGGAUGACGGGAACGAUCUGACUCACACCUUCUUCAACCCCGACCGAGAAGGGUGGCUCCUUAAACUCGGAGGACGGGUUAAGACGUGGAAGAGGCGAUGGUUCAUUCUGACUGACAACUGCCUGUAUUACUUUGAGUUCACCACUGAUAAGGAGCCCAGAGGCAUCAUCCCUCUAGAGAAUCUCUGCGUGCGAGAGGUGCCAUAUCCUCGCAAACCGUACUGUCUGGAGCUGUACAACCCCAACAGCCGAGGGCAGAAGAUCAAAGCGUGUAAAACGGAGACCGACGGCAGGGUGGUGGAAGGGAAGCACCAGUCCUACACCAUCUGCGCCGCCAGCGCCGAAGAGAGAGACUCCUGGAUCGAGGCAAUCAGGGCGAGCAUCACCAAGGACCCCUUCUACGACUUGGUCUCGGUGCGUAAGAAGAAGGUGAUAAACCAGACCCCUCAGGACUGAGCAGUGCGGCGCUCUGCCACGCGGACUCCAAAGCUACUGCACAACCGUGGGGUUCUGCCGCCUCUUUAAGUUGUCUUUGACUUCCUGCAACACAACCAAGUGAGGAGGCCCCCAGAGACCCGGACAGAGACACGCGCUGGCGGGGAGGGGGGGGGUCGCCUUUUCUAAAAGGAGGACUUCUCUUUCCACUUCUCUUUUCACGGGCUGAGAAAAACACGGUGCCAACACCGAAAAAGCCAGUGACUCAUUUCUGUUGCCCUCAGCCUCAAGCCUCAGAAGCCUUUAACAUAUUGUGGGCUGUUUACAUGUUUCUGCAGUGGCUGUUUAUUUGUGCACUUUCUUCUCUCAGCUCAGGAAGAUAAAUGAAGCUUGUGAUGGCUCAGCUGAAUGCUACAAAAAAAAAAAAAAACAACAAAAAAAAGGCGCGUACUCCUUUCACGGCUUCGUGACUGUUCUCAUAAGGCUCGAAAAUGGACACUGACAAACAAGGAAAUGCUAACCGGCUUCACACGUGUCCAGAGGGCGACCGUCAGCUCCGUCACGUUGAGUGUCAUGUAUGGUUGACGUUUAUGUACAUAUGUCUCAGAAAAUAUAUUGUCUUUCAGUUGUUUGUACUUUAUAAAGUGACAUUUUUGAAUUUCACUUAGUGGAAAGCACAGUGCAAUAUGUGCAAUGUACAUUGAAUCCUCCUUAUUGUGACUUUAUUAUAAACUGUAACGAUUACACUGUAACUACCGCAGACCGUACCUUAUAGAUGAUCUCACUGUAAAUGUCGUAUUUCUCAUGUGAUUCGCGAAUAAUUAUUUAAUAAAAAAAAAAAAAAAACAA